AAUAUAUGAAACAGCGCAAGGAAUAUAGCGGCUUCCGUUCGAGGUUAGUCUCCUCGUAUUUGGAACAAAAGGAAAGAAGAGAAGAAAAAGCUCAAUCUGCAAUUUCAGCGCUUUCCUCUUCGGAUUCCCAUUUUCCCACAACAUUCUGAAUCGAUUUCUUGUUCUCUUGCUGUUGGAAGGUGAAUUGAAUAAGUGAAGAUAUGGACUCGUCGUCUACAGAGGCCGUUCCGGUAAUGCAGGAAAUACUUCUGGAAUUUCGUGCCGGAAAAAUGUGUUUUGAAGGAAAAAGGGUUGUACCUGAUACACGUAAAGGACUUGUUCGUAUUGGAAGGGGUGAGGAGGGAUUGCUACACAUUCAAUGGCUUGAUCGGACACAAAAUGUAAUUGAAGAUGAUCAGAUUAUUUUUCCUGAUGAAGCAGUUUUUGAGAAGGUUAAUCAAGCAUCAGGAAGAGUUUACUUAUUGAAGUUUAAAACAGAUGACAGGAAGUUCUUCUUUUGGAUGCAGGAGCCCAAAGCUGAAGAUGACCAGCAGUUGUGCAUCUCUGUUAAUGACUACAUUAAUCGGCCACUGGAGUUCCUUGAGGAAGAAGAACAACCUGUUGUUUCCACUCCUCUAGAAGUUUCAGAAGGCACAGUUGAAGAAAAUAUCCCAUCGAGCUCCUCACGACAGCCAGUGAAGUUGGAAGACCUUCAAAGAAUUUUAAGUAACAUUGAACCGUCUGAUAUUGAUGUUGAUCCAGAUGCAGGUAUAAAUCUUAGUAUGGUUAAAAAGAAAAAAGAAAAUUCUUCUCCUCUCCUGUCAAGUCUCCUGAGUGCAACUAAUACCAUUCAACUUCAACCAGAGAAUCUUGGCCUUACCUUAAAAAGUUUUGGAUUAGGAGAUUUAUUGAAGCCUGAUUUGAUAAUGCCAUUGCUGGAAACGUUACCAUUGGAACAGAGUUUAGCUUCGUAUUUACCUGAGGGUCCAUGGUCUCCAGAGGAUAUAUUGGAGCUGUUACAAAGCCCGCCUUUCCGUCAACAAGUAGAUUCGUUUACUUAUGUUCUUCGGACUGGACAGAUAGAUUUGUCUCAGUUUGGGAUAGACCCGAGCAAAUACAAAUUUACAGUAUUGUCUUUUCUCGAGGCCCUUGAGGAUUCUGUUUCGAAAACGUCAGGUUCCGAGCUGGGGCAGGAUAAUGAGGAUGUAUGUUCUCAAUCCUUCAAUCGUAGCGACUCGAUGGAUGAAUAAUAGUAGGAAAGAGAUAUUCUGAUUCUAUGUUUGCUAAUCAGUUACCAAUCUCAUUGUUUUGUUAUUGGCAAAGAGAAGUGUUUUGACAGUUUCUGUAUUUCUUGUAUACCUUAGAGAGGAACUAAAAUUGCUCGAGGAA